CCCCAGACCUACACUGACGUUCUCGGUGGCGCGCGCAUCUCCAACCGGUUUACCGGGAAUCCCAAAGAGGUGCAAAAGUUUUGGGACGGUCGAGGAAAUCCCGGAUGUGAUGAUGAGUAAAAGAAGAGCGGUGCUGGUGGACGAGGUUCCUCGGAAGAAACGGUGCAGCGUCCCUGAUGUGCAGCCUGACCCGGGGACGGUGGGCGCGCUGCACUGUGUGCGCGAGGUGCCGGUAACGGAGCCGGUGCACGUGCACAAGAGGAGGAAGAGCUCGAGCUGCAGUGAAGAGGAAACCGUGCAUGAGCGUCAGGACCGAGAACCGCCUCGGAAACUAACAGUGCAGCACAAACCGGACUGCACCCGAUCUUCUGGAACCUUCUCGGCCCUGAAACAAAGAUCCACGUGCACCAGACAGCACGCGGACACCGGCACGAAACCACGUGAUCGCACAAAGGUGACGCGCGCUGCUGGUGAUGAUCUUUGUGAGUACAACUCGUUCCAGUUCUGGAGGAAUCCUCUCCCUGCGCUGGAUCUGACCCUCCUGGACGACCCGUCCACUCCAGACUCGUCUCUGAAGGACACGGCGGAAGCGAUGGAGACGUGAUGGAGCUGUAUGUCCAAAAAACUGUGGUCAGACCUUCCGAUGUGAUUGGAACACGCCCGAGAUCAAAGGAAGAGCUACAUUUCUGCACUUUGCUGGAACCGUGACUAAAAAUCCAUUUCUGAUUGGUGGAUUGAUUGAUGUUCUCGUGAUCAGUUCUCUAGUGAGUGUUUUUCACCCCGUUUUGCACCCUAAUCUAGUCGUGGCCAAUUCUAAGCUCAUCUUUCUCUUCUCGCUGCUCCAGCCACCGAUCGCUUCUUUUCACCUGCAAGGGGCGUCUCCAACGGUCAGCAGAGGCCUCGCACUUACACAAGCGACAAAGAACCCUGUUUCAACCACCGUUCCUCUCCCUACAUACACACAGCCAGUCGUGUGUCUGUGUAGGCGCCCGGAUGGCUGAUAGCAAAGCUGAGAUUUGAACUGGGAAGCUUGGUUUUCUCAAAGACACAAAGUUUUACAGUGUUUGACAAACCUUCAUUCCAUAUAAGUUGGGACGAUUUGUAAAAUGUUAAUAAAACGAUAUAAAAACAUUAGAA